GGGACAUAGCAGCUUCUAGCCUGAGGCCUGCAGUGAUGUGUCCGCUUUAGACUCAGCUUGCAUCUACUCCAUAGCUCCUUCUUGUGUCCAAUUGUCCAUUCGGUAUGCAAACCGCCCGCGCUAAAAUGUCAAUCUUCUGCUGAUGCCCGCUGUCAACUAUCAACGCAAUCCCGCAUCGGUCUGACUUGGCAUGUAGCUCGUGGGGCCCUUGCCAGCUGGUAAUUAUAAUAAUAGCAAUACAUUUUUAUCAUCCAUGGUCAGCCUACCAGACGAAAUACUGAUAAAUCCUAAUUCCUAAAUCGACUGCCGUCUUUAUUUGCUACCCCUAUGAGUUAACAAACAUCUGAAGGAAUCAUUUCAUUCUUUUUUUUCAGUUCCAGCCAAAGAUGGACCAUCGUUCUGAAUUCAAAGAUAAACCUGAGAGUGAGGGCUCAGAGACAUGUUUUGAAACAGCACAGGAUUCUGUAUCUGAAAGUGCAUCUCAAGUUUUGGAGCGAAUUCAAAAUGAGGAAGCUGCAGCUCGCAUUGCAGAGAAGGAAGAUAAGAUUCGCCGGGCAUGCGAGAUGCGCGAUUUGGAUGCGCUAGUCUCAUAUGCCACUUCAGAAGGUGGUUUUCUUCGCGAUGACAUUAGACGAUUAGCUUGGCCUAUCCUUCUUCAAAGCGACCGAGAUCAUGAGCUCGGGGACUGGGAAGACCUACCGCCACAUGUCGAUGAAGACCAAGUCCAGCUCGACGUGAACAGGUCGUUUGUCUAUUAUCCUAAUUGCAGUGACGAAGAGCUAGCUUCAAAGAAAGAUGAACUGUCAUAUCUAAUCAAAAAAGUGUUACGGCAUUACCCAAUGCUCUGCUAUUUUCAAGGCUAUCAUGAUAUCGUGCAAGUUUUACUCCUGGUACUUGGGGGGCGGACAGCGGCCUCAGCGGUUACGCGGCUGUCCCUCUUCCGGAUAAGAGACUAUAUGCUGCCCUCUCUUUCCCCGACGGUGAAACACCUCCAGCUCAUCCCAGCAAUCAUGGAAAGAGCUGAUCCUAUCCUGCGGCGCCAUAUUGCGGAUAUCAAGCCAUUCUUUGCGCUUGCAGCGACUCUUACAUUGUAUGCUCAUGAUAUUCAAGAGUAUAGUGACAUCGCCCGAUUAUUUGACUUCCUGCUGGCUCGGGAACCAGUUGUUUCUAUUUAUCUUUUUGUUGCUAUUAUUCUUUCCCGGAAGAAGGAGCUGUUGGAAAUCCCUGAAGAUGAGCCUGAGAUGCUACACUUCACCCUCUCGAAGCUACCCUGCCCUCUAAAUCUUGAAGGUCUGAUAUCGAGCGCUGUGCAACUCUUCAAUGACUACCCUCCAGAAUCACUCCCGCUCGGGGCUUGGAAGAAAAUUCCGCAGAUCAGUGUACUGAAGAGUACUCGAGAUAUCUUCGAGAAACAAACAACUGAAGAAGCUAUAGAUCUUUUUGAUAGACAAGUGCGACAACUGCGCUACGAAGAGCGGAAAAAGAAGGCGGUUGGUUUCUUGUGGCAGCACAGGAGAACAAUUGGAACUGUGGCCGUCACGAUUUUGGUUGGUGCUUUGUCAGUAUGGAUGAGGAAGAAGGGCUUUGACUCGACGAUAUGGUCGUAUAUCAAUCGAUUCAAGCUGGCUUUCCAAUCUCACGAGCGCUUCUAGUCUUCUUCCACUUCAUAAUUUGUGGGGAGAGACGAUUGGGUUAAAACGGCGUUUGUGUGUACAAUAUUACAUUAUUAUACUACUGCGGAUCAAUU